AUGUCUGAAAGAAUUCCCAGAGACUGGAAAUCUUAAGACUCACUUGAGGACUCAUGCACAUUUGAAGGAUGCUAAUAAGAAUUUAUAACAAAGGGACACUUAAAGACUCACGAAAAUAUUAAUUCAUGGGAUAAACCAUUUGCCUGUGAAAAAUGCGAUAAAAUUUACUCAAGAUCUGAAAGUUUAAGAAUCCAUAUGAAAACCCAUGUAAUAUCAACAACUUAAAUAUAGACUGAAGAAAAGCCAUUCGUCUGUACUUUCAAUAAAUGCGAUUAAAACCUUUACCGAGAAUGGUAACCUUAAAACUCAUCAGGAUCCACUCAGGGGAAAAGCCAUAUCUUUGCUCUUUCCAGGAUUGCGACUAGUCAUCCAUACUUAAGGUCAUCUUGCAGGUCACAUAAGGGAAAUAAUGAGCCCAAGAAAAAGAGAAAUAUUAAAAACGAGGAUAAAGCAAAGAUUAAGACCCAGAAAGAAAAUAAAGUAGAUAGUCCUGUAAUGAUAGAGCCAGAAAAGAUUGAUAUAAAGCUAGAUAAGAAUUCCAGAUAAAUUCAUAAGAAUCUUAACUAAUAAAAGUUUGAAAAGCAGCAAUAUCAAAUGCAACAAUAGUCUGAGAUGAUUUAAUCUUAGUAGUCAAUUUAUUAAAAAUAACAAUAGCACAUCAGCAAGCAAAUAUAAAACUACUCAAUCAACUACUUAGCAUAAUAACCAUAAAUUGUAUAUCAAUUCGAAAUAUUGGACAGGCUACACUUAACAAACCCAUAGCUAUUAAUUAUUUUCCUCAAUAACUAGGCAUGA